CGGGGGGCUGUGGAUGGGAGCGGGUGGCGGAGGCGGCGGGGUGCAGAGCCCGGAGCGCCGGGAAAAGCAUCGGACACUUUUCCACCAUGCUGAUGGCAUUUUAAAUAUAUUUGUCAAUUUUCCCAAAUUUUAACUGAAGAAGACCUUAAGAAUUUAUACUCGAGGACGAAAGUGUGACUGCCAAUUAUCAGGCUUUCAGGAUGAAUCUGGAAAAACUCAGCAAGCCUGAACUCCUAACACUAUUCAGUAUUCUUGAAGGAGAGCUUGAAGCAAGGGACCUCGUGAUAGAGGCUUUAAAGGCCCAACACAGAGAUACUUUCAUUGAAGAACGCUAUGGAAAAUACAACAUCAGUGAUCCUUUAAUGGCUCUACAGAGAGACUUCGAGACACUGAAGGAGAAGAAUGAUGGCGAAAAGCAGCCAGUCUGCACAAACCCACUCUCUGUCCUUAAGGUGGUGAUGAAGCAGUGUAAGAGCAUGCAGGAGCGUAUGCUGUCCCAGCUGGCUGCCGCCGAGAGCAGGCACCGCAAAGUGAUCCUAGACCUUGAGGAAGAAAGGCAGAGGCAUGCGCAGGACACAGCUGAAGGAGAUGAUGUCACCUACAUGCUGGAGAAAGAGAGAGAGCGGCUGACUCAGCAGGUGGUGACGGUGGAGGGGGUCACAGCACCAUGCGGCUAGAAUAGCAUUUCUCAAAGAUAGUCCUGCAGGGUGUAAAUUAGUGUUGCUCCGAAACAAAGGGCCUUGUGGUCAAAUAAAUCUGGGAAAUACUGGCCACAAAGUUAAA